AAUGUUUAUGAUGUGUGCAUGCAACAGACCAUGGCUGAAGGAACAACCGGAGGGAGCCCCGGUAGACAGAGUGAUCCAGACAAAGUGGAUGCUGAUGGAGGGGGCCCACCCAGGGGGAAAUGGGCCAACAAAUCGGAGUUUUUGCUCUCCAUGGCCGGAGAAAUCAUCGGCCUGGGAAAUGUUUGGCGGUUCCCGUAUUUGUGCUACAAGAACGGAGGAGGUGUCUUCUUCAUCCCUUACUUCAUCUUCCUCUUCUUCGGCGGCAUCCCCAUCUUCUUCCUGGAGACGGCGCUGGGCCAGUACACCAGCGAGGGCGGCGUCACCGCCUGGAGGAAGAUAUGCCCCAUGUUUGAGGGUGUGGGGAUCGCCUCCCUGGUCAUCGUCAUCUACCUGAACAUCUACUACAUUGUGGUUCUGGCCUGGGCCCUCUUCUAUCUGUUCAACUCCUUCCAAAGCCCGCUGCCCUGGUCCACGUGUGAGAACUGGUGGAACACCGACAACUGUCAUGGCCGCGCCGGGGUUUAUAGCGACCCGCAUCUGUUCCAACUCGAGUCCAACUGGUCCUUCCUGAACAACAUGAGCUCGUACGACUACUUAGAGAACACCACCGACAUGAUGCUAAAUGGAACCUUCCUUAUGGUCAAGUCCCCCGAGGAGGAGUUUUGGACGAAUCGUGUGUUGAGGAUGUCAGAUUCCAUGUCCCUCGGCAAGGUGCAUUGGGACCUGGCGCUGUGCCUGCUGCUGGCGUGGAUCAUGUGCUACUUCUGCGUCUGGAAGGGGAUUAAGUCCACAGGCAAGGUAGUCUACUUCACUGCCACCUUCCCUUACCUGAUGCUCCUGCUCCUCUUCUUCCGCGGGGUGACCCUACCUGGCGCUGGGGAGGGCCUGAGAUAUUACCUGUUACCCGACGCCACGAAGCUGGCUGACGCUGAUGUGUGGCUGGACGCAGGUACUCAAGUCUUCUUCUCCUACGCCGUCUGCCAAGGAGUCCUGACCUCUCUGGGAAGCUACAACAAAUACAACAACAACUGCUACAGGGAUUGCGUGGCCUUGUGCGUUCUCAACAGCGCCACCAGCAUUUUUGCUGGCUUUGUGGUGUUCUCCGUGCUGGGCUUCAUGGCGCACAGCCUGAACUUGCCGGUGGAGGAUGUCGCUCACAGCGGUCCAGGUUUGGCCUUUAUCGCCUACCCUAAAGCUCUUUCGAUGCUGCCCGGCUCCACCUUUUGGACCGUGCUCUUCUUCCUCAUGAUCCUCCUCCUGGGUCUGGACACUCAGUUUGUGUGUGUGGAGAGCCUGGCCACGUCCAUCACUGACCUGUUCCCUCAGCAGCUGAGGAGGCCCGGCGCUCGGGAGCUUCUGGUUCUGGUUAUUUCGGUUGUUUGCUUCCUGCUGGGCCUGCCUCUCAUCACGGAGGGAGGAAUCGUGCUCUUCCAGCUGAUUGACAGCUACGGGCCGAGCGGAACCAGCCUGCUCCUCAUCGCCUGCUUUGAGACGGUCGUCAUGUCCUGGGUGUACGGCGCCGACCGUUUCUGUGACAACAUCGAGGACAUGAUUGGGUACCGGCCGUUCCCCCUCCUCAAGUACUGCUGGUUGUUCAUCACGCCGCUGCUCUGCGUGCUCACGAUGCUGUACGACCUGACCAACACGCAUUCCCUCAUGGUGUACGACUACAGGCCGGGCACGUGGGCCUCCGCCUUGGCCUCUCUGCUGGUUCUCACGCCGCUCAUCUGCAUCCCGGCGUUCAUCCUCAUCACGCUGUGCAGGAACCCCCAGAACAUGACGACGCCGUCCAGCGAUCUGCGCCAGGCUCGGCCGCAUCAGCCCGUCCUCACCUUGUGUGACCGCGUAAUCUUCGCCGCCUCAAAGCCACCAGGCCGGAGAGACGAUAAAAUAAUGAUGGAAGAGCCCAGUGGUGUUUGACGGACAAGGACAAUGACAUCGCCAUCAUCAUGUUGUUUCUAAAUGUUUACACUUUAUUCACUUACUUUUCACUUUUUGAAAGCCACAGUUAACCUCCAAAAGCCUGUGUGGGACUAUUUUCUUUACAAAAUAUGUGAGUCCGUCAAAGAAAUAGACCAAAAACACACGUUUCUCUGGAUGAUAUAUCUUAAUUUGUGUCAACACAAAAAAGCAAUUUCGGUAGAAAUUGCAUGUGAAUGCUGAGAGCAUAUUUGCCAACCCUCUCGAUUUUCCCGGGAGACUCCUGAAUUUCUCUGCCCCUCCCGAAAAUCUCCCGGGGCAACCAUUCUCCCGAAUUUCUCCCGAUUUCCACCCGGACAACAAUAUUGGUGGCUUGCCUUAAAGGCACUGCCUUUAGCGUCCUCUACAACCUGUCGUCACGUCCGCUUUUCCUCCAUGCAAACAGCGUGCCGGCUCAGGCACAUAGUAUAUGCGGCUUUUACACACACAUACGUGAUCAACAGCCAUACAGGUCACACUGAGGGUGGCCGUUUAAACAACCUUAACACUGUUACAAAUAUGCGCCACACUGUGAACCCACACCAAACAAGAAUGACAAACACAUUUCGGGAGAACAUCCGCACCGUAACACAACAUAAACACAACAGAACAAAUACCCAGAACCCCUUGCAGCACUAAUUCUUCCGGGACGCUACAAUAUACACCCCCGCUACCACCAAAA